AUGUUUCCUUCAAAGAAUAAUCUCUCCAUUCGUUGCGCUCUCUGCAAGGCCGUUACUCAUAUCGCUGCCUCUCCCCGCAUCCAAUCUCCUCCUCCCGGUCAGCUACCUCACCCAGACGGCAAGAAGAGGGCCGUGAUCUGUGGUGUUUCGUACUUUAACACUCCCUCCGAGCUCAAAAGCUGCCUCAAAGACGCAAAAUGCAUGCAACACCUUCUUAUUAACAAGUUCAAAUUCCCCUCUGAUUCCAUUAUCAUGCUCACCGGUAUUAUUUCUAUCUCAGGAAGAAACUCAUCCAAGUCAUAUCCCGACCAAGCAAAACAUAAGGAUGGCCUUGUAUUGGCUUGUGCAGGAGGGAUGUACGUACUUCUGGCGACUCGCUUUUCUUUUACUUCUCGGGCCACGGUUACAAACUACAACGGUGAUGAAGUUGAUGGCAAAAAUGAAACACUAUGUCCUCUUGAUUUUAAAACUGAAGGGAAUGUUAAAGUAGAUAUAUACGAAUCUAUUUAUACAUAG